AUGCACUUAAAUGUCAGAACCCUUUCGCCUUACUCAAUAGGUAGUCAAUUUCUCGGAAAUGCGUCUCGAAAAAUGCAUCUCGCAACUAACCACCACUUUCAUAUUUCGGCAUUCUGCGGAGACAUGAUGGUGCAAAGGCUGCUGAUCUUGAAAACCAAACCCCGUAAAAAUCUAAAGGCAAGCUCGAAAAUCAAUCUGAAAACAAUAAUAAACUCACACUGGUCUGAUGUGGGCAAAAAUAAAGUACAUGACACGGGCCAAAUUUGGUUACUACAUUCUACUCUAUUAAAAAAAAAUGAUUCAAUUAUCGUAGAUUGGGUAAAUAAAACUAAGAAACCAAAUCCAGCUAACACGGCAAGCAUGGCACGAUUUACUCAGAACUUUAAAGAACCUACAGAGACGGGUGCUUGUUUCUGUUAA